AGGAAGCAGGAAUUGGCGCUCGAAGAGCCAGAUCCUAUAUCAAACAGAAAAUAAAUACGACUGGAAAGUUUGGCUUGCGCUUGGUCAGUAGUACGACUGGAACGCUUCGCUUGCGCUUGGUCAGUGCGGCGGCAGACUUUUCCUGCACCUCGACAGCAACUUUUACCGCAAGAACCUGCUCCUCCAGUGCGGCAGAGGCUGUUUCUUGUUCUCGACCGAAAUUUCUACCGCAAUAAGAGCCUGUAGUUCCAGCGACGACCAGCUAGGUGCGGAGUGGUACAUAUCACCAGCACGUGGAAAAAAAAUAUCUCUGCGAUUGGGCUGUUCAAGCAGGUACUUUUUUUUGCGUAAAAAUGCCAUGAAAACUAGUGUCAACUAUGUACAAGAACUACUUUUGGGUUGUGAUUGUAUAGGAUAGGAGUUCUGUUCCCCAGGCUUUCGAAAGUUCCGUUUGCAAAAUGAAAUCCGAAUAAUUAUUCCGGGUGGUGGUCCUUCUUGGGCUAAAAAUUUUUGGGGUAAAACGCUAAAAGCUUCAAGACUGGGAGGACCGAACGUCUCUGGGAAAACCGACUGCCAGGACCGAACGUCUUCUCCGCAAGAACCACUUCAAGCCCCGUUUGGUCAUCAAGACCUUCGUAUCAAAUGUAAAAAUGUCUGGGUCUGGAAGAUUGCCAGGUUUGUCAUGCACAUUUUGCAUGACUUCUGAUGUCUGUGAUGCAUGCCCUAGCAUCACAGAUUUUGUGAGGGCGUCCUGAUGCCUUUACCGCGUGACAAAUGUUCUUUCCGUGUAGCAAAACUUGGAUUCUCUUUGCUGCCCAUGCAAAACAGCAAUUCAUAUUUUUAGAAUCCAAAAUCAGCAUGACAAGUUGCAUUCUUCCAGACCCAGACACUUUUACAGUUGAUACUUCGUCAGUACGACUGGAACGCUUCGCCUGCGCUUGGUCUGUGCGGUAUCCUGAGUAAAAACGUACCCACACCAGAGUUGUAGCGCAGAUUUGCAAAGACAGGAAGACUUGUAAUGCGCAUCCCCAUGAGAUUGGGAGCCAUUUCCAAUCGUGUUUUGGAAUUUGUGAUGCUGUGAACAGGAUGAGCAGAUGAAUCUGUGACGCGGCUGCACUUGCUAACCUGCACUACACUGCAGAGUGCAACUUGUCAUGCGUGACUCACAAAACCCCUAGGCUUGUGUUGCAAAAUCCCCAUCCUGACUCUGGUGUGGGUACGUUUUUACUCAGGACAUGCGGUAGCGGCUUGUUCUCCUCGACAACAACUUCUACCGCAAGAGGCUGUAGUUCCAGCGACGACCAGCUAGGUGCGGAGUGGUACGUAUCACGCGGAAAAAAAUCUCUCUGUGAUUCUGGGGCUGUUCAAGCAGGUACUUUUUUUUGAGUAAAAAUGGCACUAAUUCUAGUUUCAACUACGUACAGGAACUACUUUUGGGUUGUAAUUGUAUAGCACUUUUGUUCCUCAGGCUUUCGAACGUUCCGUUUGUAAAACGAAACCCGAAUCCCAGGUCGUGGUGCUUGUUCUUGCACUAAAAAUUGGGGUAAAAAGCACCACUUCAAGACCGGCAGGACCAAACGUCUCUGGGAAAAUAACCGUGUCAGAAGAACUUGAUCCACAACUUUUUUCACCUCCGCCACGUUCGCAAGAGCCAGCAGUUCCACCGACUUCACGAAGCAGGCCGUACUAGUAUUCAACUAUCGCGGGGUGCAAAUCUCUCUGCCAGUGGGUUCUUGUUUGAGCAGGUACUACAUUUUUUCUUGCGUUGUACUGGAACUGGUGCUACUCCUACCACUGACAACUCACAACGUCGAGCAAAAAAUUUUGCGUUGUUACUUGUAGCAGCCGUCCUCUCGAACGAUUUGUGGAGUAAAAUCCGAAUCUCAGGUUGUUGCGCUUUGGGAGGUAUUAAGCGACUUACGAGCGGAAGGUCAAGGAGCGAGCGUCUGGGGCGGUUUUCAUCGAAGGACUUGACUCACUUCUUGUUCCACCUCUACAACGGCAACAAGAAGUCACCAUGCCGUCCGUAUCAACUGCAAAGAUGUCUGGGUCUGGAAGGAUCUGAAUUGUGAUGCUGUUUUUGGAUUCUAGAUAAAAUCUGUAUUGCAAAUAAUGACCAGCAAGAGGAGGCCAGUUUGUGCUGCGUGGGGAGGGCAUUUCUCAUGCGGAAUGGGCAUCAGGAAGUCUUCUACAAAUUUGCGAUGCUCGGCCAUGCGUUACGGACGCCAUAUGGUCAUGCAGAAUUUUUAUAUGCAUGACAAGCCGGGCAGUCUUGGGACCCAGACAUAUUUGCAUUUGAUAGUCCGCACUGGUGGAGUACAGCACGCGGUUGAUAUCCAGGAGAAAACAACCAUCCCCAUCCAAUUUGUCAUACAAAACAUGUAUGAAAUUGAAAUCAUGUGUUUGUCAUGCAUAGAAUGUAUAGGGAUUGUUGUUUUUUCCUGGAUAGUUGAUGGAGUACCUCUCCACGGGAGAAGCCUCCACGAUAUGAAAUGCAAAAGCAUCGUACUAGUAUAAAUCGCAUGAGCAUGACAGGUUUCCUCAGCAUGAAAAAUAAGAUUUGUAAUGUGGAUUUGACUUGAGAAAGAAAUUUGUAAUAGAUGUUUGCGAUUACUACGAGUACGAAUACGAUACUUUUGCACAGGAUACACGAUAUGCGAUUGCAAAUUAUACGUCAGGGUCGGGAAAGGGAAAUUUAAAGAACUUGAAGUCGUGAAUGUGUAUGUGAUGAAUCUGUCUUGCAUGUCAUAAUUGAAAGAGACUCUAAAUGUAUGAGAACAUUUUUUUCACGCGAAAGUGGAGUUUGUCAUGCAGACAGCGUUGUUCUUGAAGCUGUAUCAGCACCCUUCCAAACUCAGACAUGUUUGCACGGGGUAACACACGAACGGCGACCACCAGUUCCACGACCACUCCGUGUAUGAUCGUGUGCAAAAGUUGUGCUAUCUGUGACUCGUACUAUGUUUUAUCGUGUAAAUGGCAUUACAGUUAUAUUAGAUUUUUUCAAAAGGUUGGUAAUACUGAUUUUGUAAUGCUGAUUUCCAACCGCAACCUUUUAAAAAAAUCUGUAAUGCCACUUACACUGGGAGGACUUGUGCUGUACAGCUAAAGAUACUCUAUUUCCACUGCAUACUGUGUUGGGGUAUCCAAAUCAGGACAAGAUCUUUCACAACGGCACGUACGGCGGUCAUGGCGCGGUCCACCAGCACACGUCCCUGCUUUCAUCUGCAAGUAGCUCUACUUCCGGGGGAAGCGGGGGUGGUGUUACGACGAACCAUCAUGGCACUAGUUUUACCGACGUCACGGGAGGAAGAGGCGACCACGGGGACGAGGCCUUUCCCCUGGUGCCGGCGGUUGAUGGACCACUUGUUUCUGGACAUUCCUCGAGGAGGAUGACGGGGUUUCCCCAGCACAACAUGCACAUGAACAACAAGACCUCGUUUAGCAUGAUCGCACCGGAUGAUGAUGUAAAUGUAUCAGCAUCCUCCUCGGCUUCUUCUGGUCGGGUACGGGUUCGAGGAGGACCACCAGAUCAUGUCCAGGACAACGACAAUCGCUUCCAACACGCAGGUGUUCAUCAUGCUGAUUCGAACGGUGGUCGUGGCAGUGGUGUAGGACGAGCGGGUGGAUUUGCAACGGCAAGCAGUUUUCUCGCGGCGACAGGACCAGAAAGAGGGGAUGACUUAUCCGGGACGACAACUUUCUCAACGGCACGACCACGGCAAAUGAACCAGAACUUGAUCCUCACCAAGAACAGUUCUAACGGGGGUAGUUCUUGCUCCUCCAGUAGUACUAGCUCCUGCUUUGCGUCUGCGGUAAAUCUGAAGAACAGGUUUGGUAGUUCAAGAACUUCAACUUCCUUCACAACGACCGUGAAUGGAGAUUCGGUCCGGACGGCCAAGACACCCUCAUUUCCGGGAACGAGAGGAGGAGGUUGGCGGAGGAGAAAUGUCAGUUUCACGGGCACUUUGGCGGGGGAUAGGGACACAAGUUUUCUCCGGGAUGAAAACAUGAUCCAAAAUGCAACUACCGAAAAUCUCACCUACUCGAUGAAAAAGAGUAGCACCGUCAGUGGUUUGUUCGCGACCAGCGGCAGUCGCCGUUCUUCUGGAUCGUGGGGUAAGAGUUCUUCCUUCUUCUACUCACCGGCACCCCGGACCAGGACGAGAGGAGUUUAUUGCCCGCAACUACCGGCGUCGUCGUCGUCGCCGUUGAUGCAGGAGCAGGGGGACCACACGGACUCGUCUUCUUCUAGGACAACUACCAGGAAUCACAUCUCCAGUUCGGCAACAGGACGGCGGGAGAGUAACCUUCAUGAUCAUGAUGGACCACGCGUCGUGAAGCGCACCCUGUUCCACUCCGUACCUGCUCCGCCACCUCGAAUGCGCGAAUUGGAAGUAGGUCGGACUGUUUUUGGCGACGAGAUGAAAAAUAUUAACGCGGCACGGCUACACCGCGGCAAGACGCAGGUGGGGAAUUUGAGAGGAGCCGGCGCAGGAGCUGCGACAUCGUUCGGCAGGUUCGGCUGGCUUGGGAACAAGAUGCAGGCCGUGGGGCACUCAGUAAGCGGGGGAAGAGUAUUCUCUUCUAACGCAAAACUGAAGCUGGACGAACUGUGCCGGAUUACGGGCGAGGCAGCGGUUAAAUCCAAAUGGUGGCUACCGGACGACGGCGCCGCGGAGGGUACCGUGCAAACCAACGAAGCUGCUGGUGGGGAUUCAAAGUACUGGCAAUUUCUAGUGGGGAAGGCUCGACAACAAGGGAGCAACUUAGAUCUACAAUUUAGGGAUAUGCCCACUUUUCACACGUGCUGCCAGGAAAGCACGAAAGUGCAGAAAACGAACAGCUCGAAAGGAGACCAUCCGUACACGGGCAACAAUCAGCUUCAAACAGAACCAGAUCCAGCGUCAAACUGCACCAGCCAUAAAGUGACAAACGCUGCGAACCGAUUGGGCUCUAUGAUGACGGGUAGCAAACGACACGAGGCCCCGACGGUCAAUGAGUGUAUCAAGGCAUUGUUCUGGACAACAUGGCAAAAGAAAUGUGGCCUCCCAGCUGGUAUGGGCUCCGCAAACGUUGUAUCCUCAACUGAUGCAUUUUUUCUGUAGUAUCACUAUCACGUUUAUCUUCUUCAUACAAGAUGAAUAAAGGCACGACCACCCGACGUGGGGCUUUGCGCGUGUCGCAGAUACUGUUUCGUGCCUUUUUGCACAUUUAUUUUUCUUCAAUGCUAGUAUUUACCGCGCCACAGCCCCUCUCUCAUGCAAAACAGCUUGAUCAUGCCCGUGAGCAAGUUCCCUCUCUGUUUCUGCAUGGGCAUGAUCUGUAUGGGCAUGGUGAUGUGUCACUCAAAGCCUCGGCUUGUGUGUCAGCGUCUCUUUAUGUUUUGGUUUGGCCACCGUCUCUCUAUGUGAGCGCGGCCCAUCUGUCUGCUACAAGCUUUGCAUGUAGGCCCAUGCUUUUGUAGGUUUGCACCGUUAGCGCCCCGCGUGGCAGUGAUCGUUGCCGUAUUUUGUUCUGAUUGUUCAGUGGUUUACCACUUGCGCUGCUGCUUGCCGCCGCCUACCGCUGCGCAUGGCCCCAUACCCCGUCGGUAUAUCUCGACAGGUAAAAAGCAAGGCAAUUAGAUUUACUAUUAGUGGGGUAACAAUAAAUCAAAAGUAAAGGUUACCAGGUAACCUUUACUUUUGAUUUGAUAACCCACUAUAUUUUAUAGUAUUUUACUUAGUAAAAUACUAUAAAGUAGUUAGUAGUAGUUUGCAGCUAGUAGCUGCAAAUUGGUUUUCCUAUUCCUUUGGCUGUAUCCUUUUAUAUUACUAAGUAAGGAGCCAAAGCGCCACCGGGACAUCCAGUAGCUCUCCGAUGUCACGUAAAACCUCGUCUGCAGUCUUCAAGCGUGGUAAGUAAAUUUGCAAUGUGGCUCAAGCAGGGGCGCCAAUUCGAGUUCAUAGGGGCGCAGGAGAUUCACUGGCAACAGGAGCAAAAGGCCCGAGCAAUAAUGAUAAACGCAGCGCGUGCUCUUCGGCUUCGUCGGAUGAAAAGUCGAAGACAAGAAAACGAAAUCAGAAAAGUGAAAAAACUGAUAGGGGUUUGGGCUACUGGCUGCCCGGCCGCCCCCUCCAUAGGUGGGCGCCUGCAGAUGAAAUGCUGGGCAGGUUGAGGCAUUCUCUGGCGACACCUGCAAAAGGGCCGCGCCCCAUUCUGGGUGGGUCGUCGAUGGUGGCGGCAGACGAACGGCACAGCGCAUCAACAAAAGGGCACACAGAAGACCAAGUGGUGCCGGCAGGGGGAAGUUUUCUUUUACGGAGUCGGCAGAAGACCCCAGUCGCACCUCCCGCCCUUUUUUGUCUUUCUUGUUGCAGAACAACUCAGCGCGACGCGCUCCGACUGCCGCUACGCAUAGGCGAAGCCUUUAGCUUUACGCUGUCGCGGUGCCCGGUCUCGGGCUGUCGGUCAGCAUUGCCGAGCAGCUGGUCUACGGUUUGGUGCCUGUGGCCUGUGCGCUUGGUUGCGUGUUAGCUUUCGCCGCUCGCGCAGCAAUUUAGGCACAAAAGGCCCAGCCUGCCCUGUCCCGCCGUGCUCGCGGCUCAAGGGGGGGGGCGGUUCUUGGCCAAAUAAAGAGGCUCCCCUUCCAUUGAAGCAAUAAACUUUGGCGCAAAAUGAGUUGCGUUCUUGAAAGUUGUCAUGUUAGUGGCGUCGCGCCUUGCUAUGUGGCGCGGUUCUGUUGAUUGGCUUUGGGCGUUUUCCACGUGACGGGCACCGUGUGCGCGACUUGUCGUGGUGGUGGUAGCGCUCGACUUUGCGUGACGUUGCCAAAUAGAGGCAUGCCUCGCCCACCCCCCGGGGAGGCGGUCCUUGCUUGGGCUGUGGCUCGGGGUGCUUCGGGUGUCUUUUCCAUGACGAUGAUCGGUGAUGCAGAAGAUGAAGUAAAGGCUGUGCAUGACAAAGUAUCAGAUGAAAGCUAGGCCGCAGCAGAUGGGGUGCAACGUUUGAGAAUGCAGCAUAUUAUUGCCCUCGGCGGCUGCGGGAGGAGCGGACCAGCCGCCAGAUGGGGGCGCGGCUGGCGGUGAAGGAGAAGGAGGUGGAAAGGAUGAAGCCUGGAAAUCAAAGUGUUGUGGCGAAGUGAACGCACCCCCAAACCUGCGACCACCUGAGAAAUUGCUGCCCCCGAAAAUGACAUCUUCUUGCGGCCCUGACGAGUUACAGGAACUGUUUGAAAGCGACCCCCGCUACACCGCGACCGGGACCGCUACAGAAGCAACUAAUACUACUCCCCCCGACGGCAACGGCUAGCCGUUUUCUUGGAGAAGCUACCGCAUGCACCGAGAUUUGAUCGACAUGUUAGCAGAACUUGCUGUUGCUCCGGUUCUCUUUACAUAUUUUUCGUCGCUCCUGCACCAGCCACAUCUUUCUGCACUACGAGAACAGCUGCAACCUGCUUCACCACAGCUGCUUCCGCGCUUUGUUUUUUCUUAGCAGUAUUACUACACCUUACCACUGCCGCGCUUGCUGUCGUUUAGUGCACCUGGUUUACGUUAUUAAGUAAGUUCAUCGACUACAACAUCAAGUACUUCUCGAAGCCGAGGACGAACACCGCAAGUUUGUUUGUUGCAGGUGUCCACGACCACCGCGUUAAUUAUGUAAAAUAAAUUUCCCGUACACGUCCACCCACGAAAAGGAAAAACAAAAAGAAAUGCAUAUGGCAGCCAUCUUUUAUGGCGGCGUUAACUACUUCGUUUCUAACUAUUUCAAAUUUUUUGCUUGAGGUAAAAGCAUCCCCUUUAUAUAGGUAGUUAAAGUAGCUACUUUAAAUAGCUAUUUUAAGUAGCUACAUCAUUAAUUGUAGCUGAUUUGUAGAGAAAAGCUCGAAUCCGUCUCCACGACGCUGUGCUGCCACGGACUUGUCUCGGAACGCCCAUCAUACCGUCGCGGUUAGCUUCGGGCCCUGCGCCACCAAAUACGUGAUCUGAACCGCGAAAAAAGAGGACUUUUGAGGCUUGGCUAGAACGGAUCAAUGACGCUGGCUUGAGAUGAUGCAUAGUAUACAAAUGCUCUCUCGCUGUUGUCUAGUUUCUUCCAUGAUACACCGCAUCGCGCGUGCCCAAAUGCCAACGACAGUUAUUGUUUCGUGUGUCCACCUGUGUGUCUGUGUGUUGAUGUGAAGAUCCAAUGAAGACGAGUGGUCCGACAAUGCUGAAAAGUGACACGAUGUGAAGAAGCUUCCACUCUCUCAACGUAGAAAUCCAAUCAAUUGCUGCAAAUGUUUUUUUUUCACCAAUAGUCGAGUGAUGUGCACUACAAAAAUCCUCUUUUCCAAUCAACAGCCGUAGGGUGAAUGCUUUGUCGACUGCUUUUGUGGUCAACGAGAAUCCUUUUCGGAAAUGCGUUCUUUGGCUAGCUGCUGCUUCGGUGUGGUCUGCCUUCCGGUGCUGUUGACCGUGAACUUUGGUGCCAUCAACCACGUCCACACUGUUGUCCACGCUGGCGGAUCCGGAUCUGGAGGCGGCAACAAGAAGCCCAACAACAACCAGCACUCCUCCCCCAAGGACUACUGGUCCGGAAUUUUCGCGAAUUUCGGUCAGUAUGUAUAUGAAAUCAACCUUCGUGAUGAGAAUGAUUUGCAAGCUCAAGUGCAAUGAUUGCGUCAUGCUUUUCAUAAAGAUGUUCGUGCAUCACGAAGGUCGAUAUUUCAGUUUCAUACCAUAAGCGAGCUGCAGUUGGUCAUGGAGGCGAUCGAGGAGCGGUUGGAGCAGGUGCAGGCCUUGCAGGAGGGAUGGUUGUCCUUGUCCGCCUUGUCCAGCCACCAGUUCGAUUCCGGCGCCGACCGUAUUCAGUGGCCGAGAUCAAGUGUUUCUGAUAGAGUUGCAGCUUGGAACUUUACAACUGUCGAUGAACCAUGUAGCUUCAUUUUUGUAAUGCAAAUUUUUUGGUGUAUUUUCAUGCGCACGUGAUGCAGUAAAGCAUAAUAUUCAGGAUUUUUUCAACUGCACGUGCGCGAGUGCCAAAUGAUUGUGAGUGGGUGGGGCCGCUUGCGCUACACCGAGGUCUGCAGGCUGCUCCGCCACCCCCGCCAGUUUAUCUGGCUCAUCGAGAAGGCCGGCGUGGCCAGUGACUGGAAAGCACAUAGACUUUUGCACCCCUUUUGUGAACAUCCCUUUUGGUCAUGCCUGUUAUGCAUGAAUCUUUUAUACAUGAUUCGUCGGAUAUGCUCUCGACCUAUGAGCUACCAGUUGCCCAAGGCGGAAUCCGGCCAGCGCAGCAUCCGCGCCACCGUCCGCUGGUUGCGCAGCGAGCUGGCCACCGAGACCGUCCGCGAGUUGUUCCGCUCGAUGCCCACCUGUGCCCAACUCGGUGUGGAGGCCCAGCAGUUGAACACCCACGGCUCCGCCGUCGGUGCCGUCACCGUGAACACCAACACGAACCAGGGGUCGUCGUCGAGCAGCUCUUCCUCCAGCUACGUUGCGGCCACGCAGAACACCCAGAACUUGAUGCCGCACACGAACGGGAAUGCGCCGGUAUAGAUGAUGGUUGUUUUAUUUCACAUUGCAUUGGUGUUAUGAGAUCACCACUUCGUACCCAUCGCUGCUUCUUCAAUCGCGAUUUAUAUACUAAAACAGCAGCUGAUCCCCUCCUCUGCCAGUUAGUGCGGUGCCUUGUCCGAGAUGCAGGCUGCCGGGCACCUGCAGAUGCACUCCUCCGCCGCGAGCGUGGUCGGGCUGGUCACCGCCAACCGCGGACCGGCGCCGCCGUCUACCUUCGGCAUCACUGGCUUUGUCCCCAACCAGGCCUCCUCGAACACCUGCGAGGCCACCUCGUCCGGCCUGACCGCGUCGGCGCUCGCGAACCACAAUGCCAACAUCGAGUCCACCACGACGAGCACCAACGCGCCCACUCCGACCACCGAGACCACGGUCACCACCAUCGAGACCUUGUUGCCGCCGGAGGAGGAUGAUCCGCCGCAGCAGGUCCAGGAGACGCAGGUGGUGAUUGACGACGAUGCUGUCACGGGUACGUUUUUGAUCUGAUUGCACAAGAGCAACACUGCGAUUUCGGUUUGGUUCUGGUAGUAGUAUGCUUUCCUACGAAGACGAUCUCCUUGUGCCCCGAAUCUCGUGUAGUUAUAGUUCAAAUUUCAUCUUCUAUCGACUAUCAGGUGCUGCUAACCCGCCGGUGGCCAACAACACUGCCGUGGAGCAGUCCACCACCACCAACGACCUGCUAGACACGCCGUCUGUGGUGCCGCAGGCCAAAGCGAAGGCCGAACCCAAGGUGGUGGCGAAGGAGAAGGCCUCCGCGAAGAACACUGCCCGCACCCAGACCCCGCCGUUGGUGCCCAACCCCAAGAACGCCGCGUCCUCCGCGAAGCCGUCUGCGAAGGCCAAGUCCAAGGCGUUGCCGUCGUGCUCUCCGACCUCGAAGCGGCAGAAGAAGUGAGCUCGAUCUGUGAGAUUGAGGUGUAGUGGGUUUAGGUAGGGUAGUUAGGGUUCAUCGAUUCUUCAGAUCAUGUGACGCUACCAGAUAAGAGUUUUUCAACGCGUCUAUUUAUUACAGUGCAUAUAGAGUGACCUUUUUUGCCGUAGUGCAGCGUAAGUAAACUCCAUUGCACAAAUGCGUAGUGAUAGGCUUUGAGCUUAACGCUCUUACCUUACAACUACUGUAAAAGUAUAUCGUAGCAGGCACUUAUUUGUGCGGAGCUAACGAGCUACAUGUUCUUCGUAUUGACGUGACCAGUUUUGAGUCUCUACAUAUAGUAUUACCUCCGCCAAAAACAUCACAUUUAUAGUGAAAAGUAGUGGCAUUUGUUCUUUCAUAUCAGGAGGCUUGAUGUCGACAUCUGUUGUUCUCGGUAGUUGUCCAUGAUCAUCGCUUUUUCUUGUAUCGUGAGGCUUUGCUACAACUUAACUGCUUGGUCGAAACACCCGCUCUUUCAUCUUCCGUGCAAGCCUAUGACUUUCUACCACUUUCGCGACAAAAUCUUCAGUGAGAGUCGAAAGUUCUGAGCAGAAGAGGACUACUGCAUUUCGACUCACAAAGCAACGACUUCUGAUUGGUACUUAGUAGUAGACGUGACAAAUUCUACACACAGCACAACACAGAAGAAGCUGCAAAAGCUCGCGAGCUAGCAAGACGAUGUAGUAGGUCUGCGAAAAGUACUAAUCAAAAAAUUUUGAACGUUCUUAUAAAAAUAAAGAUAUAUUCCCGGACAAAAGUAAAAAAUCAUGUGCGCAAGUUGCUUCUAUACCAUGAAGGAUGUGGUUUGUUGUAGUGUGAAGAUAGUGGCGUUGUUCAGCAGACAAGCGCGAUCCUGGGCUUAUUGUUGACGCGUUCGGUCUUGUUUGAUGUUGGGCAGGGUCAGAUGAGAGCUGUUUUGUUGCUUGAGCGUCUUCUACGAGAGUGUGUCGAGGCAAUGUCGAUGGUUUCCGGGCCACAAUCACUUCGUCGCAUUCCAGAAUCUAGUAAAGCGCGUUCGACAUAAUUGUAAAUCCGUAGAGAGAUAAUUGGAGGACAAGAUGUGGUCGUCACCUGGUGGCGGCAAGCGGAAUGACGUCGCUGCUGAUCUGCACGACGUCGCGUCACCGCAGCGCAAGAACCGUACUCGUCAGUGGUACAUUCCGUAUCUGUGCAAAGAUACCGGCGUUGGGAAAUACUACCUCAAGACGGCGUGUUCAGAUUUGAACAACUACGUGCGGGACCUCGCGAAAACUCCCGAUACUCUCAUGCCGUUGGGUAUCGUCUGCCCAGAGCCGAAGACGUUUGAUCGUCCGCAUGGAUUGGUGCCUUUUAAUACGAUUUGGGGUUAUGCAUAAUAGUGCGGAUGUGAAAAGAAAGCGAAGUAGUUCGUUAUGCGUUAUUCGAUAAAACGAAAUCUAUCAGGUAUCCCUGCUUUUGUACCGGAAGACGACAGCUUCUGCGCAAGAUUGGGGCAAGAUGAUGAGUGUGUGUCCGUUCAAGGAUGUAGUGUCGGGCGUCGAGGUAGCAAACUACUACGCUACGAUCGAAAAAAUGGUUACUUAUACCGACACGGAGAUGAACGCCCGCCGAAAGAACAAGGAGACCCGCCAGAAAGAGCGUGAACAGGUACAGGAAUGCCUGGAGAUGUUGUUCGAGAUUCAAUGCAGACGUUAAAAAAAAAAUGUCUUUCAUGCAUGAUCUGGCUUUUGAAACACAACAAAACAAACACCUCAUCUCAGUCCAGGAGUGGUUUUGUCGCCAAUGGUCCGCGUUUCAGCUGCAGAUGCGACUCGCCGAGACCAUGAGCCCGUACUUGAAAAGACUUUCAAAGUUUUUCCACCACUCACCUGGCUCCGCUUCCAACCAAUACGGGGGCUCCUACGAUUACAGUGACGUGAUGAAGAACCACGUUUGGGGCGUGAACGUAUUGGAUUUUUCAUUUGCUGUGUUUGAUGUGGAUCUGCACUGCAGUUAUAUGGACAGCUACGCAUGACAAAUAAACUCACACAAACUAUUCCCAGGUCUUUUGGUGCGACGAGUUUGCCCACAAAAACAAAUCAAGCGGAGUUGUGGAGAUGAAGGACGACGUUUGCUACUACCCGACUCCGCUGGCAACUGCGACGGAGGAUCCCAGGGAAGAUGUCGAGUCGUAUGCCGCGACGAAGAAGAGCACGAUGGGAGUUCUCAUGACGCAAACGCAAAUGUUUGGCGCGGAUCAUGUGGUGAGCAUGCUGUACGACCCGAAUGUCGGCGCUGAUAAUAUCGACAUCACCUCCUGGAUGCUCGAUGACGAAUGCAAGAAACCAGUCAAGCCCCGCACGCAGUUUCAUCUUCUUCCGGACCAAGGCGCGCCGGAGCUGCGAAUGUGCCUGCGGAUGAGCGAGCAACAGUGCGCCGUGUUUGCACAACCUCCGGCGCACAAAGCGAGCAAUAUCGCAAAGGAUGUGAACGCGGCCUGUGAAGAAGUAUGUCAGCAAAACACGCGACUACUACAAACCUGAAGUACCACCAAUGUGCAUGACACUGCUCGGAGUAUUCUUUUAUUAUUGCUUCGGGUUUGUAGUUGGUCGUGUGUUUGAAUGUGGAUACUCAUCUGCUGCCGGCUGGAGGAGAACAAUCAAAGGCCCAAAAGGAAAAGGAACGAACCAGAGCAAGUUGAAAAACUGCAAUACAAAAGCAAAGGAAGAAGCUGUCGAAAAGGAAGAUGAAGCUAUACAAAGAAAACAUGCAAAGCAGCUGCUGAGCCAGAAGAAUAAAACAGCCGAAACUUACAGCGAGUGCUUCGAGGAGUGUAUUGCUUUUAUCAUUUCUUGCUGCUGGUUUUGUCAUGCAUAAUCAUUAUACUAUCUUUAACAUUUUGCUUUAUGAAAUGGUGGAAAAUGUCCUUCCGAAGUGACUACCUCUUUCCCCCUCCUUUUGCUAGAGCAAAAGUGAAGCAAAAGCGAAGCAAAAGUUUUUUGCUUUGAUCCAUCAUAGCAUCGUGGCUACAAAACUAUUUCAUUUUUUUCAUGGUUUCAAAAGCCGGCGGUUUGCUCCCCCCUUUUGCCCACCAAAAAAGGUAGUCACUUCAAGUAGUCAUUUUCAUUUUUGUUUUUUUGAUGAAUUCCAACAAAUAAAAUCUCACCAGUUUGUAAAAUCCUGCACGGUACGGAUGCCCGUUGGUUCAGAGCAACGGAGCACACCUUCAUGCUGGAUAACUACCAGUGCCAGCUGAUGUUGUUGCUCUGGAUGUUGAUGCAGCAGGAGAAGCAGAAGCUCAUCAAAGCAGGUUUGAUGUUGUUUCUCGUUUUCAAUUUGUCAUGCAAAGCGACAUAGUCUAGUGCUGUUGUAAACAAGCAAUUUGCAAUGCAAAAAAGCAGGAGCUCCUGGAAUUUGUCAUGCGCUUUUUGAUAUAUAAUCCAUGAUGAUACUCGAGUACUGCAACCAUUCAAAAAACCAGGUAAGUGGGAUCCGAAGAUGCAAAUUGACGAAGAUGGAGACAAUAUUUAUGCUUGCAAACCCUGCUAUUGCCUAUGUGCAUGAUUUGUCAUGCGCAGGAACAUCUGCUCAUGCCGAAACUUUGCAGCCAUAAAAUGCGUUUUUCAGUCUGACUCGUCAACUUUCAAGGGCAAUAGCAGUGUUUGUCAUGCAUAAAAUCAACGAUCUGUGGUCGCCGGAGAUGGAUAAGGAAUUGCCGCAACCUCUUCCGGCGGAGCUGCAGUUCGAAGACGACAAAAAUGAUGAGAAGCUGCUGAGCAAGACCUUUGUGGGCUACGCGUGGCAAUACUACGGGCUGUUGCGGAAAGUAACGUAUUGGGACCGUGAGGUGCAGAAAGACAUGACCAUGCCGAUGUACAACUACUGGCGAUUGUUAGAAGCGCUGAGCUCGCGACUCGGCAACGAUACCACAAUGCUGCAGAACGCAACUACGCUCCGCUGCGCGCGGCGCUACGUACCUCGGUGAAGACUUGCAGCGUAUCAAACAAAACUGCCAUCUACUACUGAUACCAAAGUGCAUAAUUAAUGACGUGUCUUGCAUGACAAAUUCGGUUCUAGUGUAGUAGAUUGCAGUUUUGGUUGUCAUGCUUUCCGAUACCACUUUGACUACGCCGGAGAUCAAUGAACGGUUUGCCAGAAUGCGCCCGCAGACCUGGACGAACAUGAUUUUCGACGUGCAGAAGAAGAUGCAUCGCAGUGAUCUCCACUUCACCACCGGAUGGAAGAUGGUCGCGCGCUGUCUCAACGCGUACUGGUUCGAUUGCUGGGAUCCGGUGUUUGGCUUUUGGGAGUCCAUCUGCCACAACCGGUACGCGCCCCAGACCCGGAAUCUGCAGUGCCUCCAGCAGGACUUGAGUUUCAAUCUGCCGAUUUUUGCGAAGAAGGCGCUGAGGUGCCUCUGUGUCGAACCCUCUACCAGGCGCGAUCUGCUGACCCGGCAAGUGCGGCUCGUGAACGAGGGGAGGCCGAUCUUCGAAAAAGAAUCCGAAACCCAAUGGAAGACGAGAACACAAUACGCCAUGUUCGUCGACCCCGAUUGCUCCCUCGGCAGCAAGCAGCGCCAUCGCGAACUUGCUUCUCAGUGUCAUCCGCAUUAUCCACCGGCCCCGCGGUUGUCCAGCAUUGAGAAGUGUCCGUCCAUCCCAGUCGAGGAUAUUUUGUCCGUCACCAAGAUCGAGAUGUUGAGUCAACCAAAUACAACUGAUCAGUGCCUGAAGGACGCGUUCAAGGAGCGCGAGGAGAAACUACAACUCGAGGCGAAGAAGGAGGGCAAAACGAUGCACAUCAAACAGCUUCUGGACAUCAAGGGCAAUCUUGACAACGCGUACGCGGAUUACAAGAAGAGCAAGGCUCCGGAAAAAAUCAAAGCUGCUGUUGAUUAUGCCGGAGAUGAAACUACUGCAACCUGUUCCGCUACUAAUCUUGGCUUCCGGGGAAUCAAGUGCAAAACCGUGGUGGAUGAAGCCUGGCCGUUGCUGCAGCGCUUGUUCCACGAAGGCGCGAGCAAAAACUUCGCCACCGUGAAGAAAAUCAGCGAGAAAAUCAAGGAGCGCGGUUUUGUGAUCAUCCGCAAGGACCGGCUUUCCCCCCCGAUUGCGGUGCCGAUGCAGAACGGCGCGUACGCCACUGGAAUACAGCUGAAGAGAACCGACAAACCAGACCACUACGAUUUCCAGGAGGAGGCGUUUGUCGACUUGAGCAAGUACAUCAAAAGCGGCACGCUCAGCAUGUUUGAUUAUUUCGACGGCACCGUGCUCAACCCGGAAGGAACAGUGCUGCACAUCCCGUGCAACGCCAUGUGGAUCAGCAAGGACGUGAUUUGCGGCGCUUGGUUUCCGCAUGCUAAGGAGGACGCGCAGAUGGAUCAAUACCGCAGUGCAAAAUGACACUCUGUAGUGGCGUUGUUGUAGUUCUUCAGAUCUUGCAUCAUAUAAAUUUGUCAUGCAUAUCAUGCGUAGCAAGUUGCUUCAUGAACAAAAUAAAACUACAACAAGCACGACUACAGUGUCAUUUUGCAAUUCAUAAAUUGCUGGCGGAGUUCAUGGAAUUGCACCCGGAGACUACCUUCGAAAUGCUGACGACAAUCAACUCCUCCGUCCGCGCUCGGAUUUACAAGCGGAUGCUGGAAACCGGUGACGCCGAAGCGGAGGUAAUCGAAAUUUUGAAGGACAAGGUUGACCAGCGGAAGAAGCGUCAGGUCGUCAUGGAUGGCCACGAGUUCGAGCAUCUGGCGCAGGACCGUAAAAACGCGAAAAAAGCGAAGCUUGCGGAAAGUGCGCCAAAGGUCGUGGAAAAAUCCCGCCAGUCCACCGCCUCCCGCAAAUCUGGCUGCACGAAGGAAGCCGCCAAGUUGGCGCUCCACAUCCAGUACGCGAAACCGGGUGAGCGGCCGAUGGUUGUUGGUGUUGUGCGAUCCCACCGCGUCAAUCAGGGCAUGUGCGAUGACGUCUUGCGGCUGACGUGGAACCACCGGAAGUACAAGCCGACGCACGAGCUGUACGCGCCGGAGUGUGAUAUUGAGCCGGAUGCGAAGAAAAACAUCGCGGAUAACUUCUUCCCCCGCAUCGAACGCGAGUGGAAGUUUUCGGCGGAGCACAUGUACGUGGAAGCGAUCGAUCCCAACGGUAUCAACAUGUCCGACGUCCUGAUGUUUGAUCCGCAGUGGCAUCUGAACAUCGGCAAACGAAAGAUGGUGCAGGCGGCGAACAGAGCGAAAAGACUGAUCGUCAAGGGAAAGGAGGUGCCGAGACUUACCGUGAUGAAAAAAGUGAAUAAAGACAACGAUAAAAGCGUCUCCUUUAACACAUCAAAGCAGGCUUCUUCAUCAUCAUCGUCCAGUCGCAAAAUCGAUUAAAUUGUCAAAAUAUUUUUGGUUGAAAUAAUUGUCGCGCGUUUUACUAGUGAGUGUUGCAAAAAUUUACUAUUAAUUAUUCAGUUCGACUACACUAUUUUUAUUCUGUGAAAAACAAAUGAAACUAGCAUCAGACUGCAUGACUAACAAAGUAAAAGUGAUAGUGACUAAUAGUAGAUGGAAAAGGAUCAAAACUGCUACAAAACAACAAAAAUAAGAAGUGCAAAACUUUCAACCUCGCAGUUUAGUACAGCGCCCGACUACAACGAAAGACAUAGGAGUAGAAGUAAAAUAAAAUAAAGAAAGAGUCACACAGUAAUCAAAGCGAGAAUUUGUGUUGGCAACACUGUGCCGCCGUAUCACCGCGUUGAAAAACUGAAAUGCUAAGCUUGUCACUGUCGCCUUUCUGCGUGUUCUAGUCCAUGUAGUGGGGAUGUUCGACCGCCGAUGAAGUCGGAUGCUGUACAUGCACUGCUCGGUAGUUGUAGUUGGUCGCUCUACUCGAAGACCCAAGGAAACAUGUCCAGCAGUUUACCAAGCCACGACUCGUCGGUUCGUGCAUCAUCUUCGUCCGCAUCUGAUUCACGUAGACUUCGUCGGGUAUUGAUUUCGUUCGCGCGCUGAAGCUCGGUCUUGAUAGCAGCAGCAACAUGUCGUCGGUCGUGAUAUCGGUCUUCCAGCCAUGUUGAUCGUGGGGCUUUAAUGCCAUCUACUUCAGGAUAGAUUGACAGCAUCGAAAUCCCCUCCGUCCUGUAUGUGUAAUUGCCCCUCUUUUCAUAGAUGUCAGUGCUAGCAUAUAUUAGCCUUACACACCUAGAAUUAUGUAGUGCCAAUGAUACUCAGAAGCCUUUUUACAACUAUGCCUUUUCCUCUUGUUUUUCGAGUAACCGUGGGCGUCCAAAUCUGCAAAGGACACCAAAGCGCGCCCGACUAUGUGGGGAUCAUCGCAUGCACAUCUAUGGCGGUCCAGGGCAUGGAGGAGCAAGUAGUCCGCGUCUUCUACUGUGUAGACGUUUCCGCUGGACCUGUUGGUGUUGUUUGUUGCUUUGUGAUUGGAACUUCAGCCGAUCAACGCCAAAUAGGACAAAACAGCAACAACAUUGGUACCUGCGUAGACUGCAACGCAACGCCAAAGUUGCAUCUCCUUCAUCAUCAGCACGGAGAGACAGAGCUUUCUCUUGCGCCCGAAAUGUGCGGUCUGGAGCGUCGGCAAGUGAAAGUAAUCCAUCGACAGCGCCGUACUCUCGCGGCCCCAUUUCGUACCGAAUUCCGGCCUUCUGGAGCAUUCUGUGAAAGUCUUUGCGGGCAUCAUUCUCCACCAAAGUCGCCCGGCUAUAAACAUGUGGGCGGGAGGGCUCAAUCAUCAGCGGCGUGGAGCCGCUGUUCUGGAUCUGCAGCAGCCGACGGCCCAGGUGGUGGGCUGGGGUGCAGUUGUGGCGGACGUUGUCCAUGUCGAAUUGCUCGUAAGGCAAAUGUCGAUGAACCAAAUGCACGAAGCAUUUUCCUCCAUCAAGUGGCACACCUAGCAGAAUGAUGUUGUGCAAAACGUCGUGAUCGUCGCGCAAGAUCAUGCGCAUCUUGCGUUUCCAAGCCAUGGCUCUUGUGCUGCAGAUCUUCAAUUGAAUCGCCAUCCAUUCUGCAGUUUGCCGCCCACCUCGAAAUACUGGAACGCGUUGACGAAUGAAAAUGUCCGCCCGAAGCUCGAGCCCACGCAUUACCUCGAAGUCAUCAGAAACAAGCUCUAUAAAUUUUGUCAAUCCUUUGCCUUCAAUCGAGUGAGGACGGGUCCCCAUUUUGUGGGUGUUCAGAUCAAGAUAACCAAUCAAAUACAGGGCAACUCGCAACAAUCUUCGAGAUCCAAAAAUCGCAGAAUAAGUCGGGAUGAUGAGUAUGGUUUUUGAGGGGCAAGAGCAAUGCUGUGAGAAGAUAUAAUAGGCCUGAAAAUGCACUAAAUUCAACACGCAAUUUAUGUACUCAAUAGGCUGUACCAUUCACAAUAUCACCCUGCAGAACCGACCCCAUUUUAGCUCCAGCAUCUCUCCCCGAGUAGUAGUCUUCUGUCUGUGUCUUAGGUGUCAAACUUGUCCUCUAUACCGAUACAGUAGGGCUGGAGCCGAGGUUUUUUCGCUUGUCUAGUGCGUGUAUUCCAGAACCAUGGACAUCUCCGGCAAGCGUUCCGAGACAAGUCCGUGGCAGCACAGCGUCGUGGAGACGGAUUCGAGCUUUUCUCUACAAAUCAGCUACAAUUAAUGAUGUAGCUACUUAAAGUAGCUAUUUAAAGUAGCUACUUUAACUACCUAUAUAAAGGGGAUGCUUUUACCUCAAGCAAAAAAUUUGAAAUAGUUAGAAGUGAAGUAGUUAACGCCGCCAUAUCUUUUUUGCAACUUUGAUUACGAAGCCGGCACGUGUCAUGCGCGAAUACAAUAAAGAUGUAGAUAAUCAAUUGUCAUGCAAGAAUUUGUACGUGCGUGUACGACCGCGGGGAAUUAUUUACAACAAUGGAUACACUUACACGUUCUCCUCCGUUUUCUUCCACCUGUAAGAACUCAGUCACUUCAGCUGCAGUCCUCGGCGCAUCUGCUCACAAGAACUUCCGCUAGUACACCAUCUUUCAUCAUGACGGCAUUGACAUUGUCGACGACAUUGACAUUGUCGUCACCAACCGUACACCAGUUUUCGAGACGAAGCAUCGAUUUUUGUUGAGCCGAUAAUUUUCGCUUGUGUACAUCCGGAAUCGUUGUCGGGAGACCGCAAGGAAAAGUUACUUAUCUAUAGGAAAGGUACUUUGAUUCUGAGUUGCAGUUGUUGUUGUCUUGCAAAAUCUGUUGCACUGUCUUCAAUAACAUAAGCAACUUCAGCAUGAUUGGAAUUUGACGUUGUCAUGCAAAAGAAGUAAGCCACGCGCACACGUGAUAUCUGAUACUCAGUAAACCAAUCUUCACAAUAAAAACAAGGACCCGGUGCCGGCAAUCGAAGAUUUUAUCGAGUAUCAGUAUUAGCGACGUUUUAGACGAGACCACCAGCACGAAGGAAUAGAUCGGUUGCGGAGGUAACUGGAAUUUCAAUUUUCCAAGCAAGCGACCUUGCUGUACUCUUGCGGGAGCGAACUUAUUGAAGAACCUGGAAGAUGUUAGACGAUUUAGUAGAUUUUACUUUUAUCGGCAAGCUUGGAGUUCCAGCUGGGCGAGGUGUUGUUGAUGCGGUCGUGGGACGGAACGAUACUGGUACAGCUUUGUCAUGUGCUGCACCGUGGAUAGUGGAUUUACCUACGUGUGAUGCAUAACGACUACUGAAUCUCAAACGGAAAGAACGCAAUGAAUGUAUUUGCACAUCACAUGCUAGAUUUAGAACAAGCAUGAUAUAGUAUGCUUAAUUAAAAUUCAAAACAAAAAUGACAAUCUUCUACAGGUAGUUAUAUUGUACGGUGGACUUCCAAAAAUUUCAAGAUCAAGUACGGCGGACGUUAAUCGAAAAUUGAAUUUUCGUAUCCUUUGCAACUAUGUUCUCUGAGUCUGUGUGCAAUAGAAUGUUGUAACUUGUAAGUAUUCCAUGGUUUGCAUUGAUGCUGUAGAACCAGAACCUCUAGUACUGCGAAGCAGACAAAAGCACCGCAUCGGUCUGUAGUCCAAGAACGCAUGCUGUAUUGCGCACAACUAGGCAUGGGACACCAUUUAAAGGACUUGUCAUGCUUGGUUCCGCUGGAAAGUGGUUUACUCGUUUCGAAGGCACCAGCCACCUGCAACCGUUACAAAUUUCCACCAGACCUGCCGACAUAGUUGCAAUCCAUAGGCUCAGUAGGCGGUUUAGGACAGAGCAAGAAAGGCGGCUGUUUCUCGAACAUGCAAUGAGGAGAUGGUGUUGUGAAUUUGGUGUCGGCGAAGACAGAAUGUUAAUAUGCAGUGUGACCAGAAAUAUCAACUUGCCAGCGUCCGAGAAAAUUGAAAUAAAAUUUGCAUUUGUAAUGCUACAUGAUGUUAUAUGUCAGUCAUAGCCUGCAAAUUAGUAGUACUGAAAAAUUCGCCUGCGUAGUUUCACGGCAAAUUACCGAAGUGUGCAAUUUUCUUGACCCUGACAAGUUUUGGUUUUCUGGUCGAUAAUCGAUUGAUUUAGAUCGUGCAGUGACGGAGGUUCGAAAAGUUUCCGGCAGAUGAUGAGUAGCAGAUUUAAGGAUCAAGCACUAGAUAGCAAUCGCAGCGCUAUAUAUGAUACCACGUUUAGGUUUACUUUACACAGGGUUCGUCUGUUCAGCUUCAGGUUUAGUCUCAACUACAAAUCCUCGACUCUAGAAAAACAAUUAUGCCACGGUGGUUCAGAGCUGAGAGCUCGAUAUGUGUUUCCAGUUGUUCAACAAUAGCCCUACAAAAAAAUACUUAAAGGUUUACAAAACUUGACUGGGAUAUUCGUAUUCCCAGAGGAGAGCUUGACAACUAAGAGCUUGCAAAGUACCUGCCUCUCUGGGUCACUUAGUAACUCUAUAAAUUCGUUUUCCAAGAAAGUUUACAAUAAAAAUUUACAUGUUACGGUAUUCUAUUCAGGAGUUCCACAACACUCACGAUUUUCUGACUUGAAAUAUCUUGCACAGCCAUUCGCUCCUGCGCACAGCGAAACCAAAUUGCCCUGUUGGUUUUACACAGAUACUAGCAGGAGCUGCAACUACGGGUACGCUCGACUACAUUUGUGCACAGAUGAGUUAGAUUUGUUUUACAACGAAAAUACCGAAUACGAUUUUUAUAUUUACAAUAUUGCCAUCAAGCGGUUCGAGUUUGAGUUUCCAAAAAGUAAAGGUUGUUUCAAUUAUGAGAUUUUUACAGAAGUAGUUUGACGUGGCCAAAGCCACUGCUCGUUGCGGUCACUCUACGAUCAGGUCAUCUUGAGCUCAUCUUUAGUCCUCAGCAAUCGUUUUGUAUUUGUUAGAGCUACCACCUGUACUAGCACCACAAACAAACAAGCAACCCGCAUAGGUUCCCUUGUUUUUGUUUACGUGCGCCCUCCUACUUUUCCGAAUCCUUGAAACCCAACUUUCUAGAAGACUCGAAGCGGUGGAAAAACACAGCGGGUCUCAUGUACCAAGCCACCGUGCGUUUAAAACUUUGUUUCGUAGUACGUGCCCUCCCUGUUGAUUCGAAUUGAUAUUGCAGAUACGUUUACAUCUUUGUUUCGAACUUCUCAAAUAAUAUUGCACCAACAAAAUAGCCGGAUACAGAUGUUUCCUUUUAAUCUUGACCUGUGUUUCUCGUUUCUUUAAUCUUAACAUUCGCAAAAAAUUUUCUUCAGCUUAUCUCACUCGUGGUUGCACUUGCAGCAAAAUAAAGCGGAGGUGGCAUUCACGUUCGUGCAGAAGGUCCGAUUCGAAAUGUCUAGUCCGCUGGAAUGUUGUUGUCUUCCCGAGUAGAGCUUGUUGAACUAUGGAGAAAUUAAUCACGUCUAUCUAAAAUGCUGCAAUACGCAAAUGCAUCUUGUAAAAACUUCUACUCAGCAAUAAAGAAGAAAACAGAAACUACCCAAACUCUUUUAUGUAAGUACGACCCGUAGUGCCCGAAGGAAGCUAGUUGUGGAAGGAUACAGGACCGCAUCCCCGGUCUUUUAUCCCUUUCGAAGAAAGACGCCAAGAUUUGUCUCGGAGGACGGGUUUACCUUGAGAAUACAGCACAGUAAGAGAUAAUUUUGAAGAUUGUAUGCGUACUCGUCAAUAACAAUAAUUGAUUUUACCAUCCCUAAGAAAAUCAAUUUCUUUUUCAAUUUCUAUUUCCAAAGAAAAUUGAAAUUGAAAGAGCGAGCUCAGAUUUGAUAGGUAGUAUCCCUACAUUUAGAUUACAGAUACACCGAGAGGGCAAUAGGGUACUUACUCUCACAGAAAGAAAACAAAGGAAGGAAAUGGAAAGUAACUCUUCUACUGUCCCUAGUACAGAGGACAGAGCCAAGAACGACAGCGAAAGUCAGAGACAAGAAGUAGAAGCUAGCUGCAACUCCUGGAGCGGAAAAUCAAAAUUCACCUAUAACAACACCGCUAUUAGCGUACAUUCUAAGUCUAUGCUAACUGUAUCAGACAGGUGAGGUGAACUCCACUACAUCGAAACUGUAGAUGCGGAAGAAAAAAGAAUAACGUUGACACUCGAAUAACUUGGCUUGUGGAAACUGUAGACGAAACUGUUUUCGAAUAAGUUGACACUUUGCAGCACCUCGAAUAACUUGGCUUCCUGGCACGCUUGUGUCAAGUACUAGAACCAUUUCUUUCGCGUGAUUGUUUCCCGCCGGUGUGAAAGAC